AAAGACGGCGAGGACAAAGCAAGAUGGCGUCUGACGGUGAAGACGUUAUUGCAGUCGUCACAGUUCAGUGUUCUUAAUCUGUGCGUCCAUGUACACAUAUAUGUCCUUUAUUACACUCUAGUAAAUAGAGUAAACAUCGUUAAUAACUGUUUGCAUCCGGUUAUAUUAGUCUGAGCGCACUUUGACGCUUCUCGAGCUAGCUUAGCUUGCUAGUUAGCUUAGCGUGUUAGCUGCUAACAAAGAGAGGCGGAAGUGAUGAAAACACAUCGCUAAGCAGAGAUCAAGUGUGAGUGUAAAGUGUUGUGAUUGUGUGAAAAUGUGCGAAAGAACGAUAGCAGAGUACGAGGAGGAACUUUGUCCAACAAAAGAGGAGAAGGAGCGACAACAUGAAAAACAUCAAGUUGUGUUACACAGAACAGACGUCUGGGAAGAACAUCUUCACCCUGAGCAACAGAAGUGGAGCUUCAGGAUGGAGCCACAGCCCUCCCACAUUAAAAAGGAAGAGAAACACCCACUGAUCCCCCAUUUUAAAGAGGAAGAGGAUGACCCACUGAACACUUACAUCAAAGAGGAAGAGGAGGACCAACUGAUCUCCCAUUUUAAAAAGGAAAAGGAGGACCCACUGACACCCCAUUUUAAAGAGGAAGAGGAGGACCCACUGACACCCCAUUUUAAAAAGGAAGCGAUGGAUCCACUGACCCCUCACAUUAAGGAGGAAGAGGAGGACCCACUGACCCCUCACAUUAAAGAGGAAGAGGAGGAACACAGCAUCAGUCAGCAGGGAGAGCAUCUUGAAGGACUGGAGGAGGUUGAUGUCACCAAGAUGCCAGUGACUGGUGUCCCUGUGAAGAGUGAAGGUGAUGAGGUCAAAGGUGAGAGUGAGGAGAAGAGAGAGGCGGAGCCUCCAAGCAGCAGCUCAACUCAACACAUGACAACAGAAGCUGAUGGAGACCACUGUGGAGGAUCACAAGCAGACAAGCUCUUAGCUCCACUAUCAGAUAGUGAGGACACAACGUCACACUCUCCUGACACUGAUGAUGAAGACUCUAAAGAUGAUAAGACAUGUCACACUGACAACACACACUUCACAUGUUCUCUCUGUGACAAAACUUUUAAAUCUAGUAAUUUGAAAAGACACAUGAGAACACACACUGGAGAAAAACUUUUUUCAUGUUCAAUCUGCGGUAAAGAUUUUAAUCAAAGGGGCCAUUUGAAAAUACACAUGAGAACACACACUGGAGAAAAACCUUUUACCUGCUCAGAAUGUGGUAAAAGUUUUGCAGUAAGUCAAAGUUUCAAAGCACACAUGAGAACACACACUGGAGAAAAACCUUUUUCAUGUUCAAUCUGUGGUAAAGAUUUUAAUCAAAGGGAUCCUUUGAAAAUACACAUGAGAACACACACUGGAGAAAAACCUUUUUCCUGCUCAGAAUGUGGUAAAAGUUUUGGAACAAAUUAUAAUUUAAAAGUACACAUGAGAUCACACACUGGAGAAAAACCUUUUUCAUGUUCAAUCUGCGGUAAAGAUUUUACUCAAAAGCAGCAUUUCAAAGCACACAUGAGAAUACACCCUGGAGGAAAACCUUUUUCAUGUUCAAUCUGUGGUAAAGAUUUUAAUCAAAGGGAUCAUUUGAAAAGACACAUGAGAACACACACUGGAGAAAAACCUUUUUCCUGCUCAGAAUGUGGUGAAAGUUUUGGAACAAAUUAUAAUUUAAAAGUACACAUGAGAACACACACUGGAGAAAAACCUUUUUCAUGUUCAAUCUGCGGUAAAGAUUUUACUCAAAAGCAGCAUUUCAAAGCACACAUGAGAAUACAAGAUUGA